AGAUGAGCUGUACGAGUAUAAAACUGUUGUGAACUCCGCAAAGCGAGAAGCACUCCGCCCAAAUCACUCGGGAAAAGCUGUUCGGAAUUGGGAUGGAUCAGGAUGAGAGUAUAAGGAAGUCCUAUGAGGCCUUCUUGAACAGAUUCUAUCCCCCUGUACCUCUUUCCCGACAACGAGAAGUUGAGCAAGAAGCUGUGCUGCCCCAUGGUCUGGACUUGGAUGCUCUUAUUCCGGUAGCAGAUAGAGGUGAUGACGAUAACUCGGAGGAGGGAAACAGCUCAACCUCCAGCGGUGCUAGUGAGAGUGGGACUCAGAAGAAGCUAACAAGGGCUCAGAGAAAGAGGCUUCGGAAGAAGAAACUCAAGGAAGCUGCUUCCCGCCGUAGGAAAAUUAAAAUUAUUGGGCCGCUCUUGCCUUCAACUACCAGUGACUCUGUUGAUGUUCCUGAAGCUGAACCUCCUCGUCCUGGAGAAGACGACUCAAUUUCUAAAGCUAACAAUGACAACAUUUCUGAGGGAUUUGAUUCUGAAGUUCAUAACCAGGCUGAUGAACCUUGCACUUCCCGAAACAAGCUAAAGCAUAGGAGGUUGGCUAAAAGGCUCAGCCGGAAUGCAGCAAAAUGCAACAAUACAGAGAACCAUCACCAAGCUGAUUCCCAGCCCUGUAGUGAUUAUGAUAACUCUGCCCUACAACCCUGACCAGUGCUCUGCUUCAUAUACGUUCUCAAGAUCCUGCAGAAACUUGGAAGUUGCUUUUCAAAAUGAUUACAAGAAAGGAAAGGGCGGAAGAAAUGAAUGCCAAUGGACAUCACAUCGGGCCAUCAGGUCUCUACUCAACUCUCAAUGGAAACGAUGCUGAAUGCCAAAUCCUGAGGCUCCAUGUCCUGGGUCAGGACUCAGGAGAAGCAUCCUUGCCUCUGGUCCGUAUUGAUUACGAGGCCUCUCCAGCAACGGAGACAAUGCUAUUGUCCUCCGAGUUGCUAAGCAGGCAUGAUUCAUUCACCGUUCUACUGUUCCUCCAUCUUACUUGUCAAAAGGUUAAACCUUGUGGUUAGCACAGGUCCUCAGAAGGGAGCCUCUUGCAUUUCUACUUUUUUUUUAAGCAAAAAGUAUAUUAAUUAUUUAACAUUAGUACAUCAGAUCGUUCAUGUGAGCCUUGUAUAUUAUAUUUACAGACAUUAAAAGUCAAGGUGUGAGCUAAAGCAUUACUACCCCUACUUAUGAAUUGAAACUUUACGAGGUCAAAACAUCUUAACAGUGUAUGGAAAAUGUUUUGCCUAAAUUUGAUCUAUCCAUGAGUAAUUCUUGUUGGAGUCAUUAAGCUUAUCUACAAUCUCUUUGGCAUCAGAAAAAAACUGAGAUUUGUCUCGAUUGUAGAUCGCUUUAAUUCAAUAGCCUCCUGAAGCAAUAUAAACAUUUGUUGAAGCAUGCUGGAGAACAUACCCAAUGUCGGCUGUACCUGUGUUAGGGUCAUAUGAUCCAUCUGUAAAUAAAUAAAAGUAAGCAUUUUCACUUUUACGAGGAAGAUUAGAUGCUGAUGGACCAUUGAGAUGGAAAGUGUUCUCUUCAUGAGCUCCCAUAACCCUCUUGAUUUGAUUUGAGAUGUCGUGGGGUUGAAGUUGGAUAUUAUUAUGCAGCUUGUCAUUACGAACCCUCCAAAUAUGGUAGAGUGCUAAUUGUAACAGAGAGAUGUACCUAUUCUCUUGGUGUUUGUUUUAGUGAUAAUUCUGUGUAAUGGCCAGAUUUGAAUCUCUUCUGGGUUGAUACCAAUUUGUAAAGCACACCAUAAAGCUCUAGCAAAAGGGCAUUUGAAGAAUAGGUGAUGAAAUGAUUCUUCUAAAUUUUCACAGAGAAUACAGGUGGUUUGUCCAUUGGGUAUCCACUUGGCCUGCUUAUCCUUAGUUAAUAUUCCAGCCCAUAGUGCCUUCCAAAGAAAAAAACUUGAUAAUGACAUGGAAUUUUGGUUUUCCAAAUGUGUCCAUUUGAAACUGAUUGCUGAUGAGGAUGGAUGGAUGUUUUGAAAAGUUUGAUAUGCUGAUUUAACAGUAAAAGCACCCGAAUUGAUCUACUUCUAAUCCAUCUCUUGAUUAUGGCAACACCAAUGGCGCCGGCAAAGGUAUGAUACCGGAAGAUCUUUA